AUGGAUCGGAUACGAUCCUUGUUCCAGAAGAAGGAGCCUGAGCAGGAGUAUGCGCCUUUGAACGAGGACUCGCAGUUCUUGGAGAAUACCAGAUCGCACGAACAGGAGCAUGACGUGCCAUUCUCAUGGAUGGAAUAUGGCAUCUUUGCGCUCUUGGGAGUGGCCAUGCUCUGGGCCUGGAACAUGUUCCUCGCCGCUGCCCCGUACUUCCAAGGACGUUUCCAGACGGAUGAAUGGGUGCUACAGAAUUUUCAGUCGGCCAUUAUAUCCGUGUCCACGGUCACAAACCUGAGCGCCAUGGCGAUCCUCACCAAUAUUCAAUACACUGCGUCGUAUCCCUUCCGGAUCAACCUGGCGCUUUAUAUCAACAUUGCCGUCUUUGCGCUCCUCACCAUCUCAACGAGUGCCUUUUUGGAUGCUACGCCGGGCCAAUACCUCGUCUUUGUUUUGAUUAUGGUGGCUGGAACAGCUUGGGCAGCAGGCCUUAUCCAGAAUGGAGCGUUUGCGUUUGCUGCAAGCUUUGGCAGGCCCGAGUAUAUGCAGGCCAUUAUGGCUGGUCAGGGUGUUGCCGGCGUAUUGCCACCCCUCACUCAAAUCAUCUCGGUUCUGGUUGCGCCUCCGAAAGAAUCGACAACAGAUGCUGCUGAGGGCACGCACGGAGCUGGUCAUGCCGCGUUCAUCUAUUUUUUGACGGCCGUCCUUGUCUCGCUUUUGGCCAUUGUGGGUUUCAUCCCGCUCGUGCGCCGUCAUAACCGCAUCGUCGAAUCCCGCAUGGUGGAAAACAUGGCCGCAUCGUUCAACUCGAUCGAGGAGGCCGAGCGCGCGGCCCGCAAGGUCGUCAGCAUCUCGACGCUCUUCCGAAAGCUUCACUGGCUGGCGGCUGCCGUCUUCAUGUGCUUUGCCAUUGCCAUGUUCUUCCCGGUCCUCACGCCCAAGGUCCUCUCGGUCACGCCGCCCGAGUCGGCAAGCCCGUUGCUCAAGCCGGCUGCUUUCAUUCCUCUGGGUUUCUUCUUUUGGAACCUCGGCGAUUUAGGUGGGCGAUCUAGUGCGUUGAUUUUCCCCUGCCGAGACAGGCCGGUGAUCCUGUUUGCCGUCAGCAUCAUGAGAACGUUGUUCCUCCCUCUUUACGCGCUGUGCAAUAUUCACGGCCGGGGCGCCGUCAUCAACUCGGAUGUUUUCUACCUGUUACUGGUGCAGUUCCCCUACGGUCUGACCAAUGGCUGGUUGGCGUCCAACUGCAUGAUGGCCGCCGGAGAGUGGGUUGACGAGGGCGAGAGAGAGGCUUCCGGUGGAUUCAUGGGACUUUGCCUCGUGGCAGGCUUGACAUUUGGAAGUUUGUUGAGUUUUACGGCUGCGGGUAUUUAA